AUGGUGUUUAACAGUACAAGUCAGAUUGUGACCAUUCUCCUCCUUCGCGUUGUGACAACAUAUCGCAACGUCGGCAAGGGGGCCGUGGAUUACAUCAAUCGCCACAUCGACCUCCCAAUCCACAUCGAAAACAUCUCCAACACGGAACCCUCAAUUCCCAAACCAGACUCCCAAUACCAAUCCCUCCGCUCCAAAAACAAAUUCACAUCCCCCCUCCUCCACCUCCCAAGAGAACUCCGAGACAUAAUCCUCACCUUCAUCUCCGACGCCUCCCCACCACCUUUAGACGCCCGACGGUCUCCCCUUCCCUCCUUGUUAUCCGUAAGCUCCCAACUCCGCGACGAAUUCGCGCAAAUUUUCUAUUCGCGAAAACUCAUCCUAGCGGGCGGCGCCCCAUCUCCUUCGUACGAGAAGAAAUUUUUCCAAGGUUUUUGUCAGGCGCAUAAAAAGUAUGUGAAGAGGGUGCAUUGGUUGUGGGAUUCUUAUGGGACGAAGGAACAGGCUGUGGCGAGGGCGAGGGAGUUGGAUGCGGUGAGUUUUAUGCAAGAGGGGACGUGGACGGUGGGGUAUAUUGAUGGGUUUGGGAUUGAGGAAGGGAAGAGGUGUGCGAGGCGUAAUCACAUCGAUCGGGAGCCGUGGGCCUUUUCGGGACUUGAGAAGCGAGGAUCGCGAGAUGCUUCUCGACGGAAGCCUACUACAAUCCGUGGAGAGGCAAGAGCGGUCUCUUGA